AUGUCCAAAGAGGCCCCCUCCGAGGUCCCCUCUGAGGCUGGAACGAAGUCUGUGCAACUACCCAACUCCGUCCCCUUUUGGCGACUCGUCACGGAGCCCGGGGUCAUCACUCAGGAUGUCUUCGACCACCCCUACCCGGGCUCAGGAACGGAGGACGAUCCAUACGCGGUAAAUUGGUUGCCCAACGACUUUCGAAACCCCCUGCAACUGAAAACCUCCCUCAAAUGGUUCAUCACCGUCGUGGCCGCCCUCGAGACUCUGGUGGUGGCCUUGGUGUCGUCCGCCUAUACAGGUGGUAUCUUACAGAUCGAAGCGCAAUUCGGAGCCUCGACAGAGAUUGCCACGCUGGGAGUGUCCCUCUACGUCCUCGGAUUCGCCCUGGGCCCUCUCAUCUGGGCCCCGAUGAGUGAACUAUUUGGUCGCCAGUCCGUCUUCAUUGGUACUUACUGUGGUCUUACGAUCUUCUGUGCCGCCUGCAUUGGAGCCAAGAACAUCGAGACUCUCCUCGUCUUCCGCUUCCUGUCAGGUGCCUUUGGCUCCUCCCCCUUCACUAACUCCGGCGGUGUGAUUGCCGAUAUGUUCAUGGCCCGUGAGCGUGGAUUGGCCCUAUCCGCAUUUGCCUUGGCUCCCUUCCUGGGACCCGUCAUCGGUCCCAUUGCCGGUGGUUUCCUCGGUAUGGCCGCUGGCUGGAAGUGGGUCAUGGGUCUUCUGGCCAUCCUGUGUGGCUUGAUGUGGUUCUUGGGAGCGGCCCUGAAGCCCGAGACCUAUGCUCCUGUCCUUCUCCGCCAACGUGCUAAGACCCUAUCGAAGCUCACUGGCCAGGUCUACGUGAGUAAGCUGGAUCUCGACCAGGGACGUCUUACCCUCAAGGCCGCUUUGAAGACGUCUCUCUCUCGACCCCUAGUCCUUCUCUUCAAGGAACCUAUUGUCUUGCUGCUGUCGAUCUAUCUGGCCAUUAUCUAUGGAACCCUCUACAUGCUCUUCGGUGCCUUCCCGAUCGUGUAUCAGCUCCAUCGCGGAUGGAACCAAGGUGUCUCUGGUCUGGCCUUCCUGGGUGUGAUGAUCGGUAUGCUCGGUGCGAUUGCGUACUCGAUUCCAGAGAACAGCCGCUACAUCAAGCUGCUCGAGAAGAAGGGUGGAUAUGCGCCCCCCGAGGCCCGUCUUCCCCCAUGUAUGCUCGCGUCGAUUGCCCUUCCCGUCGGCCUGUUCUGGUUCGCAUGGACCAACUCCCCCAACGUACAUUGGCUUGCCAGUAUUGCUGCCGGAGUACCCUUCGGUUUCGGUAUGGUGCUGGUGUUUUUGAGUGUCUUCAACUAUCUCAUCGAUGCAUACACCAUCUUCGCCGCGUCCGUUCUAGCCGCCAACUCCCUUCUCCGAUCCCUAUUUGGAUUUGCAUUCCCGCUCUUCACCAGCUACAUGUACGCUGAUCUGGGUAUCCAUUGGGCUUCGUGUGUGCCAGCUUUCUUAGCACUCGCCUGUGUCCCCUUUCCUUUCCUGCUGUACAAGUACGGUUAUUCCAUCCGCCAGCACUGCACGUACUCAGCCCAGUCAGAGGCCUUCGUGCAAAAGCUUCUCCAGGGUUUCAAGCAGGCCGCAGAGGAAGAUGCCGUAUCUGAGCCCGAGAACUCCAAUGCAGUCUCGAAUUCGAACGAAGCCUCAGGAGACUCACAGAAGGAGACUUCUGCCGAAGUGCAAUCCAUCCACCGCACGCUGUCACGCACUUCAACCAACGCUACGCAUGAAAUGCACCGAGUCCCUACAUAUGAGGCCAAUCCUUAUAACAUCGACCGCGUGCACACGAAAGAGUCGUUCAAAUAA